UACGGGGGGCUAUUGUGUCAUACAACGUCACGCAGUGCGCAUAUUUUAGCACGAAAUGAAAAUAUUUCGUGUGAUGCUAUGCACGAGAACAGUGAGAAUAACACUGCAGUGUAAAAUAAUCUAAGUUUCGUAAUCCCAGUGACUAUUCAUGAGUGAUGACUUAGAAAAAUGUAAAAAAUGUAUGGCUAAGAAUCCUCACGUUCGCUUAAAAGUUUAACGAUUUGUCAAGUGCGCGUGUGAGACUUGCUAUUAUUGACUUUUCGGUUUUCCAUGCACGUGUAGACAGCUUCUGAGUGUGCGAUCACAUAUUGUUGCCUGCGUUCGUCACUGAAUGUUGACAAUGAGUCCGGUGCGAAGAAGAUGACCAUCUAGUACAUAAAAAGUCAAAGAGACAAGAAAAAGCUGAAGUGAAACAAGAAAUGUUACUAUAAAAAUAUUGAGGUGAGAUGUCACGCAGCCUGCCAGAGAGAGUGGCAGGGCUUUACUAUGCCCACGGCCUAUUCUGCUCUUCUCACCCUACUGCUGUUAUUACGUUUGCUCUCUCUAUUGUUUUACUAUGUUGCUAUCCACUAGUAAACCUACCCAUGCCUGGGGUAGCCCCAAAAAUUGUAGUCAACAAUACAAUAGGACCUAUGAAUGGAUCAGAAAGUCCUGCUUUGUAUGUACAACAAGUUGUGCUACGAUCAGGAGUUCUACCAUGGGCAGAAGAUCUUUCGUUGUCGGAUGCCUUUAGAGGGCCACUUUAUGAAGUUUUCAAUUUAUUAGAAAUCAUUCAAAAUCAUCAAGAUGGAGAGAGUUCGAAAUCUUUGGGACAGAUUUGCCUUCAUAUCGAAGCUGUAAAGAAAAGAAAUCUUAAAAAAGUUGAAGUUCUUCCUGAAUAUAAUUGUUUGUUAUUAUCACCAGCUAAUUUUUGGCAACGAAGCAUCGAAGUAUUUAAUCUGGAUACAAAUCUUAUCGACACUAUUUUCUCUUAUCAGAAUUUUCAGAAAGGAAAAAUUAGUACGGCUGAAGUUUUAUUUGGUAUGAGUCUUAAAGAAACAGGUGUAAAGAGAUACCCUUUGAGGGUACGACAAAGAGUACUGCAGUACGCAGUGACGAUAUUUUUAAAGGAAUAUGACCCUAUUUUUAUGAAAAGCUUAAAACAGCGACUUAUUAAUCAUUAUCCGUUGCAUCAGUCUCAGGAUAAUAAUGGAUCAUACUCAGUUCCUAACGAUGAGACUUUGCAUAUUUUUUAUCCUGGUGAAUUUAAUUACAGUGAUUUUUUCCCAUUGACCAUGACGUUUGUUGCAUUGUUUGUGUACAUGUACUUCUCUGUUAGAAAAAUUGAGUUGAUCAAAUCAAAAUUCGGAAUAGCAUUUAGCGCGACUUUCACAGUGAUUGCGUCUUUGUCCAUGAGUGUGGGUGUGUGCUUUUUUUUCGGCCUGACCUUGAGCUUAAGUGGAAAGGAAUUUUUUCCAUAUUUGGUGAUAAUUGUCGGUCUAGAAAAUGUACUAGUGCUUACAAAGAGUGUAGUAAGCACUCCUGCUCAUCUGGAUAUGAAAAUUCGAGUAGCUCAAGGUUUGUCAAAAGAAGGCUGGUCCAUUACAAAAAAUUUACUGACAGAAGUCACAAUUCUGACGAUUGGCUUGUUCACGUUUGUUCCUGCCAUCCAGGAAUUUUGUAUUUUUGCCAUUGUUGGACUGUUGAAUGAUUUCUUUUUACAAAUGGCAUUUUACUCGACAACUCUUGCCAUUGACAUCCGCAGGGCGGAACUGUUGACUCAAAAUUCGAAACUGCAUCUACAAAAUAUUCCUCCCCUCAGGAAACAACAGUUCACAACUACCGUUCCAAAUAAAAAACCAAACAUUUUCCGAUCCAAGUCUCAUCCGAGGCUCAAUGGAAUGGUUCCAACUAAUGGUCCUACAAAUGUGAUCGCACCGAAUAACCAAAAUACACUUACCUUGGUUAAAAUUCCCAAGCGUCUGAGGCUGGUGCAUUUUUGGGCAAGAACGAGAAUAUUUCAGAGAGCCUUUAUGGUGUGGAUGGUGGUGUGGAUCAGCAUGAUAAUAUACAAUUCCGGAAUUAUUGAGCACGUCAUUCAUCUUGGGGAAACUUUGAAACAAGAAACUGGUAUUGAAGGCUAUUCUAUUGAAAGACCUCAAACUAUGGAUAGAUACAUCAAAAGAAACACCAUGAAACCCAUUGUGAUAUAUUCUACCACUCUUCGAUCGAGUCAAAUAAAUGAACAGCAAAACCCAUCUCCAGAUAACGUCAAAGAAGAGGUAAAUAAAUUGCGGCCUGUCGACUUUCCACCCUGGAAUCGUUUGUCUCUGUACCAUUGGUCCUCUAUACUUUCUUCUUACAAUAUAUCCAUGGCAGGCGAGCGCAUUACGAUACUUCCCACGAUAAAGCUCGCACACGUGGUCAGUCCCCAGUCAGUUCGUCAAAUAAGCAACCCAAAUGACGUACAGCAAUUUCAAUGGCAGAGCUUGGCUACAGCUGCCCUUGAUCCUCUGGACUUUUCAGAUAUGGAGGUGCCAAUCAGAACCGAGGGCCGGGGUUUCAACACCGACACGCCUUUCAUACCCUCAAGUCCAAUGGAAAUCUUUCUAGCAGCCGUUCUCUGUUUAAUAAGCGUUGUCGUCGUAGCUUACACCAUGGUCGUGCUUUACCGGUGCAUAUGUUCGCGCAAUUAUGCCGAAUGGCGAGCAAGCUGGUCUUCAUCCCAAGAAAAGGUCAAUCAGGAUUCCGCUACUCAAGUCGUGCUCGAGGCACUGCCUUUGGUGUUGGAGGGCCACGUCCAGGAGAUUGAAUGCAUCGCUACCGACGGUAACACCGUGGCGAGCUCGUGUCUCGCUGGGCACAUAAGAAUCUGGGACUCGGCGUCCGGUGAACAACUCGCGCAUAUCGAUCGCAGGCAGUUUUUCAACAGUACGCAGAAUGAUGUGGUUCAGUCACCGAAAGAUCAGGAAGAGCUGAUGUCAGAUUACGAAAGUGGUUCUCCGCCGUCCCGAGGCGAGAUGGAGGCGUCAAAUUCCCUGGGCAUGUAUACAAGCAUUCCAAAGCGAAAGUCCUCGCCCCUGGGAGCAUGCCCGAUACCAUACCGUCUCAACGGUGCGAUGUCGAUUCCCAUAAACAAGCGCUUCUCCGCGGGUGGCAACAGUUUCGACAAUGACUAUCAAAUCGGGGAAAUGUCCUAUCGUCGACGCUCGCUCUGCCACAGACUUGAUCAAACUUUCGACCUGCCUGACUUGAGGCCCAACAUAAACACAAAGUUCACUUCGAAUAAAUUUGUCGUCUCGAGCUCGCCGCGCCAGCGGUACAAUUAUGAAAACGGCUUUGACUUUGGCGAACAGUACAAGCAGCUCUUUGAAGAUCACAAGAAAUCGGCUGUCGACGAUAGCGAUAUGUACAGAACAGGUAGUAAUGAAAAACUGGUCUGUAGUCCACCAAGAUCGGCUGGUUUAAGCGAAUUUGUCGACAGCUCGUUAAGUGUUGACAAGGCAUCGGCCGAUGUGCCAACCAUUUGGUGUAUGGAUUAUCAGGAAAACCUCAUAGUUAUUGGCUGUGCCAAUGGUAGCUUAGAAUUCUGGGAAGGUACAACAGGCAAAUUCAAGUGUUUAUUUGACGAUGGAUCUGGAUUAGGUAUUUCUGCUGUAAAAUUCAUUGGAAAUCGCGUAGUGGUGGCAAAACUGAAUGGAUCCAUCGAUUUUCUUCAGCUUGAAAGUUAUAGUGAAGGCCAGCAAAUCGACUGGGGCUUUACAUCGUAUCGAAGAACUCACGUCCGAACUAGAAGUGCGGGCUCGCCAAUGGAUUUUAAUAAUAUAAUGCAGUUGGAGGAAGAUUUGCGUUGCAUGAAAAUUGGCUCACACAGAGCUCAUCAACAAGCCAUCACUGUCUUGGAUAGUGAAGGUGGUCGCGUCUUGACUGGAAGUCAAGAUCAUACUAUUAAAGUAUACAGGCUAGAGGAUCAGUUGCCUUUGUAUACCUUACACGGUCACUGUGGGCCUAUUACUUGUCUUUUUAUUGAUAGAGUAAGUCCAAUGACAUCUGGUAGUGGCUCUCAAGAUGGUCUCCUAUGUGUAUGGGAUCUUUCUACUGGUACAUGCAUGUACAGUAUACAAGCUCAUGACGGUGCUGUAGCUGCAAUAACUUGUUCGGCAUCAUACGUGAUUAGCAUUGGUACUGACGAAAAACUUUGCGUUUGGGAACGUUUCCAAGGGCAUUUAUUGCAUGCUCUUCCAGCGCAUAGAGCAGCUUAUAGUUUACAAAUGGUGAUGCUCACGCAUCAUUUACUUAUUACUAGUAACCAGGGUUCGCUGAUAAUUUGGGAUGUAAGAACUGGCGAACCUAUUCGAGAAGUAAGACUGGGACACAAGGAUAGUUGUAUUUUUGUGAAGCAAAUGUUACCGUUACGCGACAGUGUAGUGUGCGACUUUGGCAGACAACUUAGGAUAAUAAGAUUCCCACUUAUUUCAGACAAGAUGGAUUAAAAUGAACACCAAGUGAGCCUUCUCUAGUGAAAGUGUUGUAUUUUUAUGAUAAAAUUAAAAAGAUGACUUCAUGAUAAACUUUAUGGAUUUCUGUCUAUUUUUUGUAAAGAUGGAUUCGUAAAUAUAUUUUGUAUGAUAGAAAAGAACGAAAGCGUGAAUGCAAUUGUUGAAUAAUUUUAUAAUACGUGAAUUGUAAAAAGUUUAUUUGUACAUUGUAAACUUAAUUAUGCGUACCAGCGGAAAAAAUUUUUAAUUUUUUAAAUAGAAAAUGUUUAUUAAAAAAUAUUUUAUCUAAAAUUGUAUGUUGCCGUUCAUGGAAGAGGCUAGAUUUGAUUGUUAAGUAACAUAGUUUUAAUUACAUAGCAUUUAAUAAAAAUAUUUUUUGACAUCAA